AUGGACGUUGAUUGUGGAAAACUUCCUGUCCAAAACAGAUCAUACAUCAAAUGGUCAUGCACAAAUAUAAAUGACAAACCAAACCAAAGCAUAAUAAUCUACAAUUCAAAUCUUAACAGCCUUACAUCAAGCCAAGAAUGCAACAUUACCACAGAAUCCGUUUUAUAUUACACAGUUACCUAUAGAGAGAACUUUGAAGGCUUUGAUAUUAUUGCAUUGUUGAUACGGAAAGGCGCAGAACAACAAUUCAAGAAUAAUAAGCUCAUGUUGAGGAGCUUGUUGAAAGCUCUUGCUAACCGAUUAGUUGAGCAUGGAUAUAAAUUUGUUUCUGGUGGUAGUGAUAAUCACCUGGUUCUUGUUGAUUUGAGGCCAUCGGGUAUUGACGGUGCUCGGGCCGGUGCUAGGCAGCGGGAGGUCACCAUUAAUGGGAUUGGUGAAAGGGGUGGAAAUGCCUCCUUGAAAGAAGUUGUGAUGGCCUUGAAAUACGGAGGACAUAUCUUCAACAAUCUCCACACUGGAAUCAAUACAAGGCACAUUUAUAUGACAAGCAAAAUGGUUGAAAAGUACUUUGUUUUGCAGCUACAACCAUACAAUGCUCUUGUGGGAGCUAAUGCUUUUGCUCAUGAAAGUGGCAUACAUCAGGAUGAAAUGCUUAAACACAAAGGUACCUACGAAAUCAUAUCACCGGAGGAUAUUGGAUUUGAAAGAACCAAGAGCUUGGAUGCGAACUUAAAGACGACCAAGUUGAGACUGAAAGAUGUAGAAAAGGCUACUUCUAAUUUUACAACGAUCAUUGGCCUUGGAGCAUUUGGUUCUGUUUACAAAGCACAAAUGCCUACAGGUGAGACGGUUGUAGUUAAAGUUCUUGGUGCUAAUUCAAGACAAGGAGAACAAGAAUUUUUAACUGAGGUUCUAUUACUUGGAAGAUUACAUCACAAAAACCUUGUGGCUUUGGUGGGAUAUGUUGCGGAAAGAGGACGACAUAUGCUCCUUUACAUUUACAUGAGCAAUGGCAGUCUUGCUUCUCAUUUAUAUGGAAAAGGUUAUGAGCCAUUAAGCUGGGAUUUGAGACUUAGCAUAACACUAGAUGUUGCAAGGGUGCUGGAAUAUCUACACUAUGGGGUUGAUCCACCUAUUGUGCACCGUGACAUCAAGUCUUCCAACAUUCUAUUGGAUGACUUUAUGAAAGCCAAGGUCACUGACUCUGGGCUUUCCAGACCAGAGAUGAUUAAGCCGCGUGCGUCCAAUAUCAGAGGAACUUUUGGAUAUCUUGAUCCUGAGUAUAUAUCUACAAGUACCUUCACUAAGAAAAGCGAUGUAUAUAGUUUUGGUGUGCUACUUUUCGAGCUUAUUACUGGAAGAAAUCCACAGCAGGGGCUAAUAGAAUACGUAAAACUAGCUGCCAUGGAAAGUGAGGGCAAGAUUGGAUGGGAAGAAAUUGUGGAUCCGCAACUGAAUGAAAACUAUGAUGUAAACAAGCUUAAUGAUAUGGCUUCACUUGCAUUCAAAUGUGUCAGUGGAGUUUCCAAAACUAGACCUUCAAUGAGGACUGCUGUUCAAGCAUUAUCUAAGCUUUAUAAGAAGCCUAAAAGAAAUCAUAGCCAGACAUCUUCUACUGCACAGCCGAUAAUCAUAGGAGUUUGUCGGUGUUCUUGA